UCCGAGGCGUUUCCGUUACUUAAAACAUCUGCGUUAAAAUGCGCUGGCGUCACGCAGCAGAGAUGAAGUGUGUGCGCGCUUUUAGACGGAGGAUCGGUACAGGAGCCUGACAGACAGGAAGCGCUCGACUUCUACUACACCUAGACGCGACAGAUCGAAUUUUUUAGUGUGCUGAAAUGUCCCGGUCGUUCUGUGUGAUUCAGAGGCCUCAGGUAUGGCAGGGUUGUUGCGGCUGCUCCUGAGCGUGGCAGAAAAAGCCGCCAAUGUGGCACGGGUCUGUCGACAGGAAGCACCGCUUUUUGAACUUUUGGUGCAGGAAAAGACCGGAGCCGACAAAAACAAGAAAUUUGUCCAGGACUUUAAGACGCUCGCCGACGUGUUGAUCCAGGAAAUGAUUCGCCAUGACGUUUGUGCCCAGUUUCCGGAAUUGAGCGGAUUCAUUCACGGAGAGGAGUCCAACAAGUUUGAGAAUGGACUCGGAGAGAGCGUUACUGUGACGGUGUGCGCUCAGGAAGAGGACACCACCGCUCUGUUGGCUAAAGUUCUGGAUGGCGAUCAAAAGGCAGCGUCCCUCCUGACCAAAGUGAUCCACCAGGACUUUCAGAUUAGAGACGAGACGGCUGAAUCCCUGCAGCUGUCGGUCAGCCCAGACCAUUUGGCCAUCUGGAUCGAUCCCAUCGAUGGAACAAGUCAAUACAUUGAAGGGAAAGAGGAAGAAGAGCCGGACGAAGGCUUUUGUUCAUCCGGUCUCCCAUGCGCUCUGGUUCUGAUCGGGGUUUACUUGCGGUCCACUGGUCAACCGGUCAUGGGCGUCAUAAACCAGCCGUUCAACCGCAAGGACGCCACGGGGAAAGGAUGGAAAGGCCAGCACCUCUGGGGCGUCUCGUAUGGAGACGUGAACGUCUGCUCCUUCACGCACCGCAGGCCGCCGUGUCCGCAGAAGAAAGAAGGCCUGUCUGUGCUGCUGAGCUCCAGCGAGAGGCCGGCGGUGAAGGAGGCCCUGGCAGACAUUCCCAGCAGCUCGCUGAUGUACGCGUCCGGCGCCGGAUACAAGAUCCUGUGCGUGAUCCAGGGUCUGGUGGACGUGUACGUGCUGUCCGAGGGCAGCACGUUCAAGUGGGACUCGUGCGCUCCUCACGCUCUCCUGCGGGCGCUGGGCGGCGGCGUGUCGGACCUGAGCGGCUGCGUCCGUGCCCACGUCUCUGGAAACCAGGGCCACAGCGCUGAACUCACCUACCAUCAACCGCACGAGCAAAGCCAGGGGGUGGACCGAUGGGCGAACCGAGGAGGGAUAAUCGCGUAUUUGGACUCCGGCGUAAUCGAUAAAGUCGUGGCGGCACUCGCUGCGAAGAUAUGACAACGCAAGAGCUUAGUGUAUGCAGGUGUACGCUUGAGUUUUUUUUUUUAUGCAUAAUCUUACGUUGCUUACGAUGCAAUUUUUAUGUUACGAUUUAGUGGCGUAAUCAAAUAUUAAGGAUGUAGCUUUUUCAGGAAUAUAUAUAUAUCUACGUAUCUACAGUGUAUAUAUCAGUAAGUUUUAUUUUUGGAAGGAAAUGGUUCUAUUCUUGAGACAGAAAGGAAAGCCAUUCAUUCUCAUUGUAAUGUUGUGUAAAUGUUACAAAUAAUAUCACGUUUUACACUUUCUGAUGGUCACCUGAAAUAAAGGAGAAAAGCACACUGAAA